AUUCGAAAACAUUAAAAAAUAAUAAUUCAUUUAAAUAACUAUUUAUUAUAUAUAUAGAGAAAAUGGUAUAAGAAUCUUUUGUCUCUUAAUGAAUAAGAUAUUUUGAAAAUGUCUCUUUAUUAGUGGUAAAUAUGAAAAUUCCCAAAAAAAAAACUUACACAAAAUUAUAUAUAUUUUUUUAAACCCGGUCUAUCAAAUUCCGCGCGUAGCGCGGACCGACCAUAGUUUCUUAGAUUUAAAUGAAUGACAAGGAAUUAUAUCUAACAAAUAUUCUUAAUAAAUAGUAUAAUUUAUAAGGUAUUAAUAGGAAUUGAUUAUUCCCAUUAAUUCCAUAUGUCACCAUUUAGAUCUGAUGUUGAAACUAAGAGAUUUUUUUGUCUGUAUGGAUAUUAUAUUUAUCGAGGAAAACUUUUAUUUUUACUAAUAUCAAUAACUUUGAAACCGAGCAGAGCUAGAUCAAUCUACCUCCAUUUUUUUUUCCUUUCUUCUUCCCAUCACAUUCGCUUGGAUAAGAAGAUGACUAUGCUGCUGCUGCUACUACUACUACUCUUCUUCAACAUUCUUACUGAACGAUGCCUCUGACUUCAGUGGUCCUCUGUUUCUGGCUGCUCGGUUUGAUUUCACCAAACCGUGAAUUUGAUUUUGAAACUUGACUCGGUUUGAUUAUAGUCUACAAACAUUAAUAUAGAAAUAACCAAUCAUUCUCAUGUUGUCAAUAUUACAAAUCCCAUAGUCGUCAUCUUUGAAAGUAAACAGUUGACUAUGAUUAGUUUAGCAAGAUAUAACACUUGGUCAAUGUAUUCCACGUUACAACAGUUGAAUAUGAUGAUUACUGUUUUUUAUAUAGUAAUUUUUCUGAAUAUAAUAAAUGCAUGCAAUGGACUUGGAGCAUUAGAAUCCAAGUGGUAAAGAACAAGUAAAAUGGAGUCGUCUUCGCCGAUCAUACCCGGCUUGACGGACGACGUGGCGGCGCUCUGCCUUUCACGAAUCCCGCGCUCAAACUUCCGUCUCCUUUCUCAGGUAUGCCGGCGAUGGAAGACAUUCCUCAGGAGCGAGCAUUUCACCGCCGUUCGAAAGUUGACCGGGAGGAUGGAGGAGUUCAUGUGCGUUCUGAUGGAAGAUAAGCCUGGCACAAGCGUGUACUGGGAAGUUUUCGAUAGCUCUGGGAACAAAUUGGGACGGAUUCCUAACAUCCCUGACCCUGGGCCACUGAAGUGGGGUUACGGCGUCACGGUGCUUAACGAGAAGAUUUUGUUCAUCGGUGGAUUUACGGGGAGUAUUGGCACUCCCCUUGCUUCCCCUAAUGUUUACGAGUUCAGUCCUGCUACUAACAGCUGGAGAAAACUGGCAGACAUGAACAUACCACGUUACAGCUUUUCAUUAGCUGAAGUGGACGGCCUUUUGUAUGUGGUCCAAGGCUUUAGCAAUGAUGGUUAUUGCCUUUUCAACACUGAAGUAUACAACCCCAAAACCAACCAAUGGAGCCUUAUGGAUGGUCCAAAAAUCCAGGUCGCCAUUGGCUUCGCAUUCUCCUUCAAGUCCAAACUCUACGUUUUAGACAAUGGAACGACCACAAUCGACAUAUAUGACACCAAAACGAAGACAUGGGAAAUGUUAGAAUCAGAUGAAUUAACGGCUGUUUAUUCCUACACUGUUGUAAGGAACAAAGUGUAUUUCUUGGACAGCGAAAGGCCUGAACGUCUGGGAGUGUUUGAUCCAGAGGAGAACUCAUGGACCAGGGUGUUUGUGCCUACAGAGCCGGGAGGUUUCCAGUCCAAAUUAGGGCAGUGGAACAAUAAAGUUCUGCUGUUUUUACGGGGUUCUGUUGGUAAGACCAUAAUUAAUGAUUUUGAUAAAGAGGAAGGGUCCAAGUGGAGAGACUGUGAUCAGAUUAAACUAUCUGGUUAUCACGUCUACAGUGUUCUCAUCAAGUUCUGAUUCCCCCUUCGACUUUAUCCUUUUCUCUAGUGUGUGCGUCUGGCCACAAUUCCCCCUCAACUUUGUCAAUGAUAUUCCUACAUGUUUGGUGUGUAAUGAACAAACAUUAAGUUUUGAUAUGGUUUGUAUUUACAAUUGUUGGUUUGAAUA